AAUGAAUGCAAGAUAAAUAUCAGCAUGGAUGGAAAAGAUAAAGUACAUUCCGAGUUAUCAGAGUAUUGGGUCCCCUCAGCCACCUAUGACUAUGCUGACCAGCCUGUUUCCCAUGUGUCAGGCUUGAUCACAGGUUCAAAAAGUUAUCGCCUAGAAGAACUAGCUAUCACUCGAAGUGGAGACAAGGCUAACUCUUCUAAUAUUGGAGUGAUUGCCCGUCAUCCUGCAUUUUACCCUUACCUGAAACAAGCUCUUACAUCUCAGUCUGUGGCUGAUUAUUUCACUCAUGUGUUUCCAGCUGAUGUCAACCCUGUGGAGUGUGUUAAAAGGUAUUAGUAAUACAGAGUGCUGUACCAUAAAA